UGCAAACUAACCUUAGGGCAAGCAUUGUCUGUCACGGGGCCCCAUGAAGUGGAAACUUUACUGCGGGCUCCCCCAGAGCGAUGGCUGUCAAAUGCUCGGAUUACCCAAUAUCAAGCAUUGCUACUUGACCAGCCCCGAAUACGUUUUUGUGCUCCCACAACCUUAAACCCAGCCACUUUGCUGCCUGAAGGACAGAAUCCCCCUCUACACUCUUGCCCAGAAACCUUGGCAACGAUCUUGUCCCUCCGCUCUGAUCUUACGGACAUUCCUUUACAUGACCCUGAUAUCAGCAUGUUUUCAGACGGCAGUAGUUUUGUGUUUCAAGGGCAAAGGUAUGCCGGUGCUGCGGUGACGACAGACCGUGAAGUUUUAUGGCAACAGACCCUUCCCCCAGGAACUUCAGCCCAACGCGCAGAGCUCAUCUCACUAACAAAAGCCCUAAAACUUGGAAGAAACAAGUCAGUUAACAUUUAUACGGACAGCCGCUAUGCUUUUGCAACCGCGCAUGUACACGGAUCCAUUUAUCAAGAGCGUGGUCUCCUCACAGCAGAAGGCAAGGCCAUCAAAAAUAAAGCUGAAAUUUUAGAUCUUCUAGCAGCCAUCUGGGAACCUGCGAGGCUGGCAAUCAUUCACUGCCCGGGACAUCAAAAAGGCAACUCCCUAGAGGCAGUCGGAAACCGCCUGGCUGAUGCAGCAGCCCGAGAAGCUGCCCUAACUAAAAGUGAAAGUGCCUUGGAGCUACCGAUCUUGACAGAGCCCCUGCUUCCACUGGAGCCCAGUUACACUCCUAACUGGAUUUUCUGGAGUGGAUUUCCAGAAAAGGGGGAAGUAGGAUGCCGGGACAAAAGUGGUUUCAGGAUCCUGAAGGAGACUUAGUCUGGGUCAAAAGGCACGAGCCUAAAACCCUGGAGCCGCACUGGAAAGGACCACACACCGUGAUUCUGACUACACCCACGGCCGUGAAGGUAGAUGGUGUCCGAACCUGGAUUCAUCACUCUCAGGUUAAGAAAAACUGCGUGAAGGCGGGAACAACCCAGACUGAUGCAGAACCAGAUAACAAAGAGCAAUGGAAGGUUCAAAGGCAUCCAGAAGAUCCUUUAAAGCUAAGACUGAUGCGGGAAUAAUAAUAAUUUUCUGGGUUUGUAUGGUGAUAAGUGUGGGGGACUGUAUGGAAUUGCAUCCCCUAUCUUUUUGGCCAUACCAAUGGGAACUCAGGGACACUGUCACGGGAAAGGUGAUAGCAUCUAAUACCUCUUCCACUGUGCCUUGUUUUUUGUUUGAUUUAUGCGACUUGGUGGGGGACUCAUGGGGGACUCUAGUUACUAAUUAUAAACAGCCAACAGGCUUCGCUCCUCCGGUCCCCGAAAACCCCUAUAUGGUUACCUAUGGAUGUGGACACAGGGAUCAAGAACAAAAAUUGGCUAACAUACCAGGGUUAUACAGUUGCCCUGCAAAUAGAAAGGUCGAAUGUGAAGGAAAAGGCCAAUACCAUUGUGCAAAAUGGGGUUGUGAAACGCUGGCCCCCUGGCUGGCAGGACAGGGCCAUGAUCCCUUAAUCACCCUCCUUAGAACUCCAGAUCCCAAAUGUAAGACUCAAGGAAAAUGUAACCCAACAAAAAUAUGUUUAAAAAAGGUUUCUAGUUCCAGUACCUUUUCCUCUUCCUGGGACACUGGACACACUUGGGGUCUCAGGAUGUAUGCUCCAGGAGUUGACAAGGGCAUUUCCUUUACUAUACAACGGGUUAAAAGAAAAACUCCACCCAAUCCGGUAGGGCCAAACAAGGAUAUGAUUUUACACCCCCCACUCUUUCCGACUGUCCCUUCCCAACCUACCCCACAAUCGGGUGCCCCCACAAAGUUGGAAUUACCAACUACAGGUCAUAUCCAGAACCCGUUCUCCCCUGAGACGCAUUGGCUAGAUGUAGUAGAUUCUAUGUAUGCUUGGCUAAAUUCAUCUCACACCGAGAUUGUACAAGAUUGUUGGCUGUGCUUAAACCCUAAACCCCCAUAUUAUGUGGGAGUGGCUACAAAUGCUAGCAUUGGACAAGACAUAGAAAAGCAUGUUGUGAAAUUGCUAAAUCCAAGCACGACAUUGUGCCCUUGGGGUUCACGACCAAUUUUAACCCUAGGAGACCUCCAAGGGCAGGGUUGGUGUAUAGUGUCCCAAGAAUAUAAUUGGCAGAACUCCCCUUACAAAAACUCUUGUGCAGAAGUGUAUAUUCCAAGUAGUUCAGAUACUGAUAGCGCCCAAAAUAUAGCAUACCGAGCCCUUACUGGAGCCUGGUUUGCUUGCUCAUCAGGAAUUACCCCCUGCAUUGCAGCCGCAUACUUUGGGGUCGGCACCCAAGAGAUUUGUAUCCUAGUUCAUAUUCUCCCACAAAUAUACCUAUAUAGCGGAGAAGCAGGGAGAGAACACUUACGUCUAUUUGAAGGACAUUCCAGGGUAAAAAGGGCAGCACCAGUCCUCAUUCCACUCCUAGUGGGACUGGGAAUUGCAGGAUCCACAGCUAUUGGAACUGCUGGACUCAUUGUGGGGGACCAAAAUUUCAAAACUGUAAGCAAGUGGACCGAGACCUAGGCUACCUGGAAACUUCAAUUUCUCGGCUAGAACACCAAGUAGACUCUUUAGCCGAGGUUGUAUUACAAAACAGAAGAGGGCUUGAUUUACUCUUCAUGAAGGAAGGGGUCCUCUGCGUGGCCCUCGGAGAAACAUGCUGUUUUUAUGCGAACAAUUCCGGAGUAAUCCGAGACACUCUCAGUUUGGUCAGAGAUAAUCUUAGGGCCAGGGAACGUGCCAGGGAAGCCAGCAAUAAUUGGUAUCAGAGUUUAUUCUCUUGGUCCCCCUGGCUCACAUCAUUGCUUACAGCCAUAGCUGGGCCACUGCUAUUGUUACUUCUCGGGUUAACUAUUGGCCCAUGCAUUAUCAAUUGGUUAGUACAAUAUGUCAAGAAGCGAGUUAGUGAAAUAAAAAUUAUGAUGAUCAGGUCCAAUUAUAUCCCCUUAGUUCCUAAUGAAUCAAGGGAUUGAUUCACUGACAAGAAAAGGGGGAAAUGUAAGGGUUAAAUUGUAGUGUAGGGCUAAUGCUUAGCUUGAAAAAUAACAGCUUUGUGUUGACAUUGAAGGUUAAGAGACAACAGCCUUGCUUUACUCUUAUAAAUUACGCCUCAUACUCUUGUAAAUUAGGCUUCACCAAUUAAGGAAACAAAAGUUCAAAGAAAAGAGCAUCAGAGGCAAGGUCAAGGAGAUCCACUGGUUGCAACUUAGAGGCAGAAAGUUUAAAGUAAACACCUCAUUAGGCAACUGUUUCUAACUCAUCUGGAAAUUGUUUCUUUGUUCUGUUCCCAG